GUGGUGACGUUUCCCCGGGCGCGUAGUUAGUGACGCAACCUUCCAGAUACGGGUGGGCCCUUGUGAACUCGGGUUUGGGCAAAGAGGGAUCCAGGCGAAGCCGGGCGGAAAUGGGCAUGGAGUCGCCCCCGCCAACCAUGAUAGAGGGUCUCGGAGAUGAGGUAACAGUAGCAGUUGGUCUCUUCAUCCUACUCCUAGCCAUCACCUUGGCAUGGCUUUCAACCUACGUUGCUGAGGGAAGUGACCCCCUUUUAGGAAGCUUAAUCCCAACUGGGCGCAGGGAUCCUCUCCUGGUACUCAGUAAUCCAGUACCUGCCAGUCCUGAACCACAGAGGCCUGCGGAAGCCCAAGCUGAGAAACCAGAAGAAGGAGAGCAGGAUCCUGGUGGAGAGCAGGAAGCUGGCAGUGAAAAUGCUAACCUGGAUCAGAUGCUGGAUAUUCAGGGGGUAUCCAAGCGCAGCCAGGCUGUGCCACCACUGAGAGAGGAGGAUGGCACAGAGCAGGAUGUGACACAGGAAGAUGAUAAAGAAGCGGAAAGCCCUCUUAUUGUGGGUAGAAAGAUAGAACAAGAGGAGGAAAAGCCACUUGCAAAAGAGGGGAUGACUCGGGAGAAGCCUGAAGAAGCACUCAUGACAGUCAGGCUUAAGUUCCUGAAUGAAACAGAGGAGGUGGCUAUGGUCAGGCCAAACGACACCAUUGGGAUGUUAAAAAGCAAAUACUUCCCAGGCCAAGAACAGCAAAUGAAGCUAAUUUUCCAGGGGCAGCUCCUCCACGACUCUUCGCAGACCCUGUGCUCACUUCAUAUCACAGACAACUGCGUUAUCCACUGCCACCGCUCUCAAGCCACCACCCCGACAUCCUCAUCCAGCCCAGAGUCUGGAGGAAGCUCCCAAGAGCAUACUGGCCUCACACCCCCUAUUGGGAACCUGAUGAUCCCUGUUUUUGUGGUCAUGUUAGCAUUAAUCUGGUACUUCAGAAUCAACUACCGCCAGUUCUUCACUGCUCCAGCUACUGUCUCGCUGGUCGGAGUUACUGUAUUUUUCAGUUUUUUGGUCUUCGGCAUGUAUGGACGAUAAGAGACGAAGAAGCAUGAGCUAUAGGGAAGGGACAUGGAUGCUGAAACAUAAGUCUGGUGUAUUGCUCUACUCUAAAAAGAUGGCUCCCCAUUUGUUUGCUGCUUCAGCUAACCAAUAAUUUGGGGGGCUUAAAUAUGCCGUAUCCUAUUGUUCUCUGAGUGGGAUAAUCUUAUUCCCUGAUCUGCCCUUAGCUCCCAGAGAACUUUAGAUGAAUAAAUAUAGAUGGUUUCUCAUUCUCCCUGGCAGGUUUACACGGUAUGGUUUAGCCAAAUAAUGAGACUGUCAGCCUAGCCAGAGCAGGAUUUAAUAAGCAUAUAAGCCAAAGUGACCCCCAUAUUGGCCCUGGCUAAAAGCAGUACGUAUGUGGGUGGGUUAGGGAUUACCAUAUAGUUUAAUAAAAUGAUUGAAGGCCAGCAUCAAUUACCCAACAGCCACCGCAGUGAAUGCCAGAAGUUGGUGGCCUACGCAAUGGUAAGGAAUCCUAUAAUCUAGAUAAUACUGUAUUUUGGUAUUGCUUUGAGAAUAUAAUAUGCCUUAAUUUCAUGGCAAGCAGAUUUAGGGGGGGUUUAUAAAGAGAGUAUAGAUAUCCCUGCGCAAAACUGAGAUGUACAGCACGUUUGUUAUGUUUGAUUGUAGGAGAGCACGUAACCAUGUCUGGGCGCACCAAAGCUGUGGGGGGAGGGAGGUUACAUUGUAUAAUGUGUCCAGUUAUGUGUAAGGUGGACUUCUUCCUUUUUAUACUAAGGGAUCCAUCAGUCACAACCAAAGCUCAGCACUAGUGGUGAGAGAAGCUGCCUGCAUUUUGAUUUGCUGAUAAAUUUGCAAAACCACGGAAAUUUACACUUGUAAUCGAAACAAGAGGAUUGGCUACUGACAGAGAGCAAGGGAACUGCUGUCACUGCUGCCAGGUUACAGGAAAACAUGGAAAUCAGUGUAAGGGAGGGCAGAAACAAGCAAGAAACCAAUCGGACCUGGUCAUACACAGGUUAGGCAGUACCAGGGGAUAUUCUGUGGGGUUGUCACAUGACAGGCUGGUUCAUACACAGACAGGAGUGACUGAUCCAGUAACUUUAAGCAAACAGGUUAACCUUGCUGCAGGGCCAUGCUGCAGUUUUGACACCGGGCGGAACUGACUCCACGGCGAAAUUCUAACACAGUUUUGCGAAAAGUUGCACCAGAGGGGAAACCAAAAAUUCUGCAUAAAACUGCGCCUCCCUACUCUGCACUAGUCCUGGUAUUGCCACCCAGUGAGGCUGCUAGAAUGGAAGAGGUGCCACUUGCUGUAUGUUUGCACAAUAGAAAAGAGACGUUUGCCCAGCAACCUAGAAUAUUUUCCGGUGGGGGCUUUUUGGUGAAACAACUGGAUCUUUAUAUCUUGCAGACUUUUUGACAAGGUUGUAGAAUUGCUGCAUUGUUUGGGCUGAACAUCGUUGCUUAGUUUCCAUGGUUUGAAAAGGACAGGUUUAUCCCAGCCCUCAGGAUGACACUCACUAUCCAAUAGUAUCUGUAUUUCAAAGGGAAUAAGCUUUUACUGUCCUCUAAGGGGGGGAUCUACAGUGUGGGUGUUUAUAACUGAAUAAAGUCAUCUUGCUUCUCAAUGAA